AUGGAAUUCGGGAACAAAACCAUUGUGAAAGAGUUCAUCCUGACGGGAUUUUCUCAGAACCUGCAGAUUUGUAUAUUGAUGUUUAUCUUCUUCUUUAUAAUUUAUACAUUGAUCAUUUUUGGGAACAGUUUAAUGAUAUGUACUAUUAUCACCAGUCCCUCAUUACACACACCUAUGUACUAUUUCCUUUGCAAUUUAUCCAUCAUCGAUUUGUGCUAUUCUUCGAUCACUCUGCCAAAAAUGUUGAAUGAUGUAUUUUCUAAGAGAAGGAGAAUCUCCAUCAUUGGGUGCCUGGUGCAGAUGAACACUGGCCUGUUCCUAGGAAGUACUGAGGAUAUAUUACUGGCGGUGAUGGCGUAUGACCGUUAUAUUGCCAUACGCUUUCCUUUACAUUACAUCAUAAUUAUGAAUUGGAGGACAUGUAAUAUCAUUACAGUCAUUAUGUGGUCAGGAAGUUUCCUUAUAACAACUAUGCCCACUAUCUCAAAGCCUCUUGUGUUCUGCAGAGGGAACAUAUUGGACCAUUUCUCCUGUGAGGCAUUGGCCCUUCUAGAGCUGGCUUGUGGUGAUCUCAGUUUCUAUAAAAUAUCUAUAUUUGUUGGAAGUUUAUUUACUCUAUUACUACCAUUUGUUUUCAUUGUUGUGUCCUACAUCUGUAUAAUUAAAUCUAUACUAAGGAUCCGCUCAGCAGGUGCAAGAGCUAAAGCAUUUUCAACGUGUGCUUCCCACCUGACCGUGGUGUUUAUGCUCUAUGGGACCAGUAUGAUCACUUAUGUAGGACAAACAAAGAGUUCUUCAUCUAACAUGAAGUAUUGA